AUGGAGCUCUUAAUGAUGAUGGUCUUGUUUGUUCUUGCGAUUCCAUUAAUAAUAUCCUUCCUCUUCAAGCUCAUCUUGGAACAAUGGAAAGACCAAAGCAGGAGCUGCUACAUACUCCACUACGAGUGCUUCAAGCCCUCUGACGAUAGAAAGAUCGACACUGAACUUGCCGACAAACUCAUCAUGCGAAACAAGAACCUGGGAAUCGACGAAUACAAGUUCUUGUUACGUUCCUUCGUCAACUCUGGUAUUGGUGAAGAGACUUACGCACCCAGAACCGUCAUCUUGGGUCGAGAAGGUUCGACUACUCUCCUCGAUGAUAUCUCCGAGAUGGAAGAAUUCUUCUACGACACUCUCGAUAAACUCUUCCACCGUACCGGAGUUUCGCCAUCGGAGAUCGAUAUCCUCGUCGUUAAUGUAUCGAUGUUUUGGACAGAACCUUCCUUGGCCGCAAGGAUAAUAAAUCGAUACAAGAUGAGAGAAGAUAUUAAAGUCUUUAAUCUCUCAGGGAUGGGUUGUAGUGCAAGCCUCAUCUCCAUCAAUAUCGUUCAGAAUCUCUUCAAGUCUUACAAGAAAGCUUUUGCCGUUGUGGUAGCGACCGAGUCGAUCAGUCCGAACUGGUAUACCGGCAACGAUAAGUCCAUGAUGCUCGUUAAUUGUCUGUUCCGGUGUGGUGGGUGUUCUAUAUUGUUAACAAACAACCCAACUCUCCGGCACAGGUCCAUGUUCCGGCUCAAGUGCCUUGUCCGAACCCACCAAGCUGCCAGCGACGAAGCCUACGAGUCUGUGGUUCAGAUGGAAGACGAGCAAGGGCGACCCGGGGUUCGCCUCAACAAGAAUUUGCCCAAAGCUGCCACAAAAGCCUUAAUCCAGAACCUCAGAGAGUUAGCACCCAAGAUUCUACCCCUAAAGGAGCUCCUACGGUACGCCAUUGUAUCACGGUUGAACCGACCGGCACCACCGACUUCAUCGGCGGUGUCUGGGUCAGGCAAGGGUAGAGGAGGAGGAGGAAACAUUUCUCAAACCGGUCCGACCGUGAGAUUUAAGACCGGGGUUGACCAUUUUUGUCUACACACAGGUGGGAAAGCGGUUAUAAAUGGCGUAGGGAAGAGUCUAGGGCUGACGGAGUAUGAUUUGGAGCCGGCGAAGAUGACGCUUCAUCGGUUCGGAAACACGUCGGCGAGUAGCCUGUGGUAUGUAUUGGCUUACAUGGAGGCUAAGAAGAGGCUUAAGAAAGGUAAUAAGGUGAUGAUGAUAAGCUUUGGUGCAGGUUUCAAGUGUAAUAGCUGUGUGUGGGAGGUAAUGAAAGAUUUGGGAGAUGAGAAUGUGUGGAGAGACUGUAUUGAUAGAUAUCCUCCAAAAACCCUAGUAAACCCUUUCUUGGAGAAGUUUGCUUGGGUCAUGGACGAUAACCCUGAAACGACCCUAGCUCCCUAA